AAAUGAUGAAAUCCUUGUGCCCCAAGUAAAGCGAGUUGGGAAGCCGCUACACCACCAAUCACGCACGCGCUAUAAAGAACACUGCAAACUGCAAAGUACAAACCACAGCUUCAAACUUAAAAGGCUAAACCCCAGCCGGUAGCCGGUGAGGUGGACGAUGAAGGAGGGCGCUGAGCGGCUGGAUUUGGAAAAGCUGAGAGUGAUCUCCGCCGUGGGGCGCGGCGCGAAGGGCGUGGUGUUCCUGGCGAGGACCGGUGAGCGGUCGCGGGACGCGUGCGUGGCUCUGAAGGUGAUAUCGAAGGCACUGAUCCUUCAGAAGAAGGCGAGGAACGAGGCGGAGGAGUACAAGAGGGUGUCGUUCGAAGAGCAAGCGCUGCGUCGUUUCGAUCACCCUCUUCUGCCGCGGCUGCGAGGGGUUUUCGAAACCGACAAGGUCCUUGGCUUCGCCAUUGAUUACUGCCACGGUGGCACCCUCCACUCUCUCCGCAAGAAACAGACCGAGAAAAUGUUCUCCGAUGAUACCAUCAGGUUUUACGCUGUGGAAUUGGUCCUCGCAUUGGAGUAUUUGCACAAUUUGGGAAUAGUGUAUCGAGAUUUGAAGCCAGAGAAUGUGAUGAUUCAAGAAAACGGACACAUAAUGCUCGUCGAUUUUGAUCUCUCCAAAAAGCUAAACCCUAAAUCCCCCGAAUCACUGAGUCACAACUCGUCCCCGAGUCCCGACUCGGUGAAACGCGCGACUAAGAAACGAUCAUCGCGGCUCUUCAGUUUCUGCAACUCGGGCAUCACGCCGUGUGACUCGGACUCUGUGCCCCGAAUCGACAGAGCCAACUCAGCGCGUGGAACCGAGUUCGACUCGGUGGAGAAGUCAAACUCGUUCGUUGGAACGGAAGAGUACGUGGCACCUGAAAUAGUGUCAGGGAAAGGUCACGGCUUCGGCGUGGAUUGGUGGUCACUCGGCGUCGUUUUGUACGAGAUGCUGUACGGAACGACGCCGUUUAAGGGCGCGAAUCGGAAGGAAACGUUUUACCGUAUUUUGACAAAGGAACCAGAGUUAACGGGGGAGAAGACGGCGUUAAGGGAUUUGAUUCGGAGAUUGCUGGAGAAAGAUCCUGAGCGUCGGAUCCAGGUGGACGAAAUCAAGGGCCACGAUUUCUUCAAAGGGGUUAAGUGGGACACGGUGUUGCACAUUGCGAGGCCACCGUAUAUUCCAGAAAGUGAGGUUGCGAACAAAGUGGGGUUUACCAAAAACGACGUCGAAGUGUUUGUGGACGAGGUGUUUUUUCCCACGAGUGAUGAUGGCGGAGAGAAGAAUAACACGGUGUUGGAAAAGAAAGUCAAUGGUGAGAAUACGGUGUGGGUACAUGAAUUGAGGCAUGAUCCCACCAAGAACAACGACGAUUUUUUUAUUUUUUGACCUUAUAGAUUUUAUUUAGACUAAAUGUUGAUUGUAAUUAUUUUUUUGGCAUUUCAUUGAUACACAAUUAAAAUCGACCAUUGUUGAGAUUAAUGAAUUAGUUAAUUUUAUUGCCUGUUCAUUGAAAA